UAUUUUGAGUGCUAGAUUCUGAAGUGUGUGGAUUAAAAUGGAUUUUAUUGAUUUAAAUGUAGAAUAUGAAGACAUAUUUGACGAUGAUUUAGAAAUAAUAGAAAUAAUUGAAAAUGGAUUUCCCAGACAUGUGAAUCAGCGAAAAAAUUAUUUCUAUGAGAUGGAUGACUACACUUUCUUUCGAAAGUUUCGGUUAUACAAAGAAACAGUUGUAAAUGUUCUUGAGCAAAUAGACCAUGAAUUGGAGUAUCCUUACAAUAUAAAUAACAGUAUAUCCCCAAUCAACCAAUUAUUAAUGACGCUUAGAUUCUAUAGUACUGGAGGACAUCUGAAUUCGUUAGCAGACUUCGGUGGAAUGGACACUUCUACAGUAUCUAGAAUUGUAGUUAAGGUUUCCCAAGCAAUUGCAAGACUUUAUCCUCGUUACAUAAAAAUGCCAGAAGAUAUAGUAGAUGAGCAGAUAAGAUUCCAUGAUAUUGCAAGAUUUCCAAGAACUAUUGGCGUAAUAGAUGGAACUCAUAUAAAAAUAAGGAAUCCAGGUGGUGAAGAUGGAGAAGUGUUCAGAAACCGAAAGGGCUAUUUUUCUAUAAUUACUCAAAUAGUAUGCGACUCUGACCUGAAAAUAACUGAUAUCGUUGCGAGAUGGCCUGGAUCAACACAUGAUGCCACAAUUUCCAUGAAUAGCAGAAUUUGUGCCCGCUUCGAAAACAGAGAAUUUGGUAACGGCAUAUUGUUAGGGGAUAGUGGUUAUGCAUUGCAACCAUUUUUACUAACACCACUGGAUGAACCUGUAACAAGAGCACAACAGCUAUAUAACGAGUCAUUCAUAAGAACAAGGAAUAUAGUGGAGAGAACGAUUGGAGUUUGGAAAAGUCGCUUUCCAUGUUUAGCAUAUGGUAUGCGUAUUAAAACAGAAACAGCUUUAACGGUCAUUAUAGCUACUGCAGUGCUACAUAAUAUAGCUAGAUCAAUGAAUGAACCAGAACCCCCUGCCUUAAAUAGAGAUACUUUAUAG